CUAAGGCCGGAACUAGCUAUUUUUGCGGGAGUUUAACACAAUUACACGACUUUCUUUCCAGGAUUAAAGCAUCUAGCAUGCUGUUCAAGAUAUUAGAAGAUCUAAGAAAAGGAUGUUGUUUAGCAAAUAAAAGAUCAUCUUGUCAAAAAGUAAACCCAGGACUGUUGGAAAAUAUAAACUGCCACACUAUUGAUGAAUAUCCCGUUAUAAACACAGAAGAGGAAGACUAUGGAACACUUAUUCCUCCACUGGCGUGCAGUUUCAGUAAAUUGAGCAACCGUGGCCAUGUUCUGGCCCUUGUGGAUGAGAAUGGGGCUUUAGUUCUGUACAACACGAACAAAGUUGGGGAGGAUGCACACAUCACAGACUGGGGGGCGCACAACAAUGCUGUGUUUGACGUUGAGUGGAGCUGGGGAGAAAACCGGCUGCUUACUGCCUCCGGGGACCAGACUGUCUGUCUCUGGGACACAAACACAGAGAACAAGCUACUCACCUUCAAGGGCCACACCAGCUCUGUACGCUCUGUCAAAUACAGACCAAGGGACUCUGCUGUGUUUGCGUCGGGUAGCAGGGAUGGACAUGUUCGUAUCUGGGAUGCAAGGUGCAAUGUCAAAGAUGGCAUUGUGACAUGCGUGGAGCGUAUCAAGAAUGCACACUCUGUGCCCCAGCCGGGGGUCACAAUUGGCAGGAAGAAACGGGCGAAACAAGGACCAACCACUGCACAGGACAGCCAGCAGUCGGUGACAGCAGUGGUAUUUCAAAAUGAUAACCUGCUUACAACGGCCGGAGCUGUUGAUGGGUGUAUCAAGGUAUGGGACAUCAGGAAGAUCCGCCAGGAAACCAGCUGCCCCGUUUACAGCUUCCCCUAUGCUGGCACUUCAAAACGCACUCAUGGGUUUUCCAGUCUGGUAUUUGACUCAUACGGCUCGCGGCUGUUUGCCAGCUGUACAGAUGAUCUCAUAUACUGUUAUGACUUCGCCACUUACAACAUUGAUCCAGUUUGUGUUUACCGAGGCCACAGAAACACCUCCUUCUAUGUGAAGGCUGUGCUCAGUCCAGAUGACCAGUUCUUGCUGAGUGGCUCCAGUGAUGAGAAUGCUUAUAUCUGGCAGGUGGCCCACCCUGAAGCGAGCCCUGUAAUACUGAAGGGUCAUCGGAGUGAAGUAUCUGACGUGGCCUGGUGCAGAACUGACUGCUUUAGGAUUGUAACAACCUCGGAUGACAACAGCAUGCGUGUGUGGCGCUAUGACACAAUGGCACAGGAAAAGCGGCGACUUGGUCGACAGGAUCCUCAGAUCACUGGAACAGCAGAGCACACUCAUAGGGACAUAGGUACCUCAGCAGGCCUUCCUGUUACACCAAAAACUCCACGAGGACUGAAGCGUUCCUCCACACUUCCCUUCGGUCCUGUCACUGAGACCACACCAAAACGCGGCAAGGCGGGGACAGAUAGAGCACAGUCUCCUUCCAUCAAACUUUGGCUCAAACGCUGUGCUAGCCAACCGGCUACCAGUGGAAACCAAACUCAGACUGAUGGUCCCAGUGUCGCUAAGAAAAGUGCUCAAAUUUGUGAUAAACAAACAGAGAAUAGUAAGAGCAAGACUGUUAUACAAGGCUGUUCACCUCAGUUGUUGGAGAAUUUGCCUUCUCACAUGAGUGGGCUAGCUGCUGGUUUAGAAAUGGACAGCAACUCUAGAUCUCCAAAACGACUUAAAGUAGAAUUUAGAAAGCCUAUUGUUGAAAGCCCUAAACCUGUCGAAAUGAGAAAAUCGUGUAAACGAAAGCUGACUGCCUUAGAUGAUGUUUCACCUUCUGCACAAAAGAGGCAAAAAAUCAAUUUUAAUGGUGUGUUUAAUGAAAAAGAAAAUCAUAACAAAGAAGACACUGAAAGGCCAAACAAUUUUAGUCCUGUUAAACAGAGUAGCCCACUCAAGGACUUGGACUCAGAAUUGAACAUAAAUCCUUUGGCUAGAAGUCCACAGGCUGUCAAAGGCAUGUCCAAACCUCGGCCAGCCCCAGUAACUCCGAGUAGACUUGCCGUGAACGAAUGGAGCUUGCGAGUGUACCAGUCACCAACUGCUAACCUGCCAAACUUUGUGGUUGAUGGCCCCUCGACGCCCUACCUCCCUGACUUAACUCCCAGGUCCCGGGGAGUAGACUGGCUCACACAGAUGCGAAUACAGAAGCUGGGGGGUCACAGUCCUCAGGAGAAAACAGGGAGGGAGAAGACCCCAGUGAAGCAGGAGGAUGCCGGCACCACCCUUGCAUCCCCCAGUCGCAAGAUUGGUGUGAGGGGAGUUCCAGCCAUUACCUCCUUCUUCUCCCGAACAGCUUCCAAAUCUUGAACAUGGCUCACCCAGCACAAGUGAUUACACCUCUGAUCUACGCAAAUACAGAUGACUUUGACCAGCAUUAUGUUUUAUACUUUGUAAAUAAUCAUGAACUUUAGUGGACAUGGGUCUUGAGCAUUUUGUCCUAUAAAAUGUGUGCAAUGUAAUAUUACCAUUGUAUCACUGUCCAAGUUUGUACUGUUAGGAAAGCAGUUUAAUUUCACAUUCCUGAGAUGUAUGCAUUUUGUUUCAAAUACAUUAUGUUCAUUAGGUCAAAGGUCUUGACAAUUGUUCAAAAGGUUCUGUUUUGUUUUAAUGAUCAUUAUUCAAAGGCACCAAGUGUAUUAAUUUUAGUUCUACCGUAUGUGUUCCGAAAAAUAAGCAUGACCAAAUGUGUUCAUAGAUGAUAUUAUACAAUAUAUGUUUUACAUUUUAUUAAAAUGUAAAAAUGCAUUGAAUAUUAGAAGAGAACUGACUCUUAAGCAUAAUAAAA